CCCUGGGGCCCUCAGCCUGCGGCCUCCUGGCUUCUCCUUACCAGAGCCCCUCAGUACAUUUAAACAACCAGGUGGGGACACGCCCCUCCCAGGCCUGUGCCCCCGCCCCCAAAGAAUGCCCAGCAGGGGCCGAUGGAAGGCACUGGGCAGGUGGACAGCCUGGCGCCCUCUCCAGGCAGCCCUGCGGACCUGCAAAUUCAUAGCUGGACUCGGGCCACAGUGCUCGGGCCAGCGUGACAUCACCAGGCAGAGAGCUGAGUUCCCAGUGGGGCUCUGGGGGGGGCUCCCGAGUGGGGCAUUCCUUCCCAAAGCCUCACCCCGGCUCAGCCCCUCCUCCUCCUCCCCCUCCCCGCCUCCUCCCCUGCCGGGCCUGGAAUUGGGUUUGGGGCGGGUUACACUUCCAAAGCCACCUCCCCCCGCAGGCAGGCAGAUCUCUUCUCUGCUCUGAGUUCGUGUUUCCCGAGGCUCCGAGCCCUGGUGGUCAGCGACCAGAGGUGGGCAUCAGGGGGAAAGCCGCCCACGAAGCAGAGGCCCCCGAGGACCAGGCCAGCAGCUGCAGGUGUGCAGGCCAGUGAGCCACGAGCAGAGCCGUGAGGAAUCUGGACUCGCCAGGCCUGGAGAUGGCUGGAAACUGCUCCUGGGACGCCCAUCCCACCAACAGGAACAAGAUGUGUCCCGGCGUGAGCGAGGCCCCGGAGCUCUACAGCCGCGGCUUCCUGACCAUCGAGCAGAUCACCAUGCUGCCGCCGCCGGCCGUCAUGAACUACAUCUUCCUGCUCCUCUGCCUGUGCGGCCUGGUGGGCAACGGGCUGGUGCUCUGGUUCUUCGGCUUCUCCAUCAAGAGGAGCCCCUUCUCCAUCUACUUCCUGCACUUGGCCAGCGCGGACGUCGGCUACCUCUUCAGCAAGGCCGUGUUCUCCAUCCUCAACGCCGGCGGCCUCUUGAGCACCUUUGCCGACUACGUCCGCGCCGUGUGCCGGAUCCUGGGGCUCUGCAUGUUUGCCACCGGCGUGAGCCUCCUGCCAGCCAUCAGCUUGGAGCGCUGCCUGUCGGUCCUCUUCCCCCACUGGUACUGGCGCCGCCGGCCCAAGCGCCUGUCCGCCGUGGUGUGCUCCCUGCUCUGGUCCCUGUCGCUCCUGGUCACCAGCACCCACAACUACUUCUGCGUGUUCCUGGGCCACGAGGCAUCCGGAUCCGGGGCGGGCUGCAGGCACAUGGACACCUUCCUGGGCAUCCUGCUUUUCCUGGUCUUCUGCCCGCUCAUGGUGCUGCCCUGCCUGGCGCUCAUCCUGCAGGUGGAAUGCCGGGCCCGGCGGCGCCAGCGCUCCGCCAAGCUCAACCACGUCGUCCUGGCCAUGGUCUCCGUUUUCCUCGUGUCCUCCAUCUACUUAGGGAUCGACUGGUUCCUCUUCUGGGUCUUCCAGAUCCCGGCCCCCUUCCCCGAGUACGUCACCGACCUGUGUAUCUGCAUCAACAGCAGCGCCAAGCCGGUCGUCUACUUCCUGGCCGGAAGGGACAAGUCACAGCGGCUAUGGGAGCCCCUCAGGGUGGUCUUCCAGCGGGCCCUGCGUGACGGGGCCGAGCUGGGGGAGGCCGGGGGCGGCACGCCCAACACCGUCACCAUGGAGAUGCAGUGCCCCUCGGGCAACGCCUCCUGAGAGGCCGGCCCCCCCCCAGGGCAGGCAGGGGCCUCAAGAGGCCCUUUGCAAAGGGACAGGAGCUGGGUGUGUGCCCUGGUGCCCAAGCUCAAGGAGAAAGGUCUGUGCCCGUCCCGCGUGCUGCCUCCUCCCUGGGCUGAGGCUCCCGGAUGGCCAACUGCAAACACAGGGACACAGACCCUGUGGCCCCGCCAGGCUCCCCCAGCCGCCCCCCUUCCAAGACCCAGUGUACCGAAGGUGCCCCUGGUGGGGGCGGCAGUUGUGGGGUUCCUCCUCGCCCCAGGCUGGCCAGGCUGGUCAGGAAAGGAGAGGAGGGGGUCCCCCAGCCCCACCCACCUCCUGCCUCUUUAGUCAGGCCUCCUUGAGAAGUUCACGGCCAGUGUGGUCGCCCAUCAGGCCACAGUCUCGUCCUGCCAUUAGGACCCUGCUCUCUCCAUUCUGUCCUCUCUGGAGAGGGUUCUCCUUAAGCUGCCUUGUAGCUCAGUCCUUCUGCUGACCACAUCCCUGCCACUGGUGCAUCCUUCAGUGACCGAAAUGGGGGACUUUCUGUCACAGCGAGCCUCUGGACUCGGAAAGGACCCCUCAGCCAGCUUGGCUGGGUGACCCUCUUUUCUGACGCCGUGCUGGCCAGAGUGUCCGAGCUGCCAUCCGCCUGGUCCACAGGGCUCGACGGGCCAUCCAGGCAGCCUCUAGGCUCCGGCCCCCACCCGGCAGUGGGCACUGGCUCUGCCUGGUGCCCCCCAGCCUGCCUACAAGCACAGUGGCCCAGAGGAGCAGAUAGAAGUUUUAUGAGGGACAGUAAAUGCCUAUCAAUAAAUGUUUUCUAUCUUGCACUGAA